AUGACAGGGACAACUUCAACCACAAAAGAUACCAACAACUUCUCAAUUUUCGGCGCGGUCUUCGAGUUUAUAAACUAUGAGCACUGCCAAACUGUUGGGACGCCGCAAUACGUGAUUGCGUUCCGCGGCACGCUCCUGAGGCCCGAAAACUGGGAAGAGGACAUCAAGCUAAACUUUAAGCUCUUCUUAAACGGCCUCCAGAAGAGCAACCGUUUCCGGACAGGGCUAGAAGCUGCCAGCCAGAUGAUCAAUUACCAGAAUGUCUGGCUGGCAGGGCAUUCCCUGGGAUCGUCGCUAGCACUAGCGGUCGGAAGGGAAAUGGCGAAGCGCUUCAAAGUCCGUCUCGAGACGUACUUGUAUAACCCGCCCUUCAUCUCUCUGCCCAUUGAUCGGAUUAAGAGCGAGAAGGUGAAGCUCGGGCUUAGGCUUACUGGCAGUCUCUUGACUGCUGGCUUAACUGCUGAUGUUGCUGCUGCUACUGAUGUUAUUAAAACGGAUUCUUUUGACGCGCUGUCAACAUGGGUCCCGUAUCUGUUUAUCAACCGGGCGGAUCCAAUAUUUUCGGAAUAUGUUGGGUAUUUUAAGGGUAGGGAAUCAAUGGAGGCGAUCGGGGCGGGGAAGAUUGUGAGGGUUGCCACCAAGAUAUCCGUUUUGAGCAUGUUUUCGUCGCGCGAACCACUUCAUCUUCUUCCUUCUGCUCAUAUCACUCUCAACGUUAUGGCGGCGACAAUGUUUACGGGGGCCCAUGGCCGGAUUUGCAAAGAGUGGCUUAGGUUUAAGGAGGCUCAUGGGAUUGAUCAAUGGUGGAGGCGUGAUUUGAAGGUGGAGAACAACCAUUACCGACACUAA